AUGGCGGCGGCGGACACCCAGAAGAAGCGCCCAGUCAAGGGCACUAAGCAGCCGGUUCGGCUUUAUGUCCGUGGGAUUGUCCUCGGUUAUCAGCGAUCCAAGGUGAACCAGAACCCUUCUCGCUCCCUCUUGCAAUUGGAAAAUGUAAAGACUAGGAAGGACACUGCUUUCUAUCUCGGCAAACGUGUCGCAUAUGUAUACAAGGCAAAGACAGAGAAGCAGGGAACCAAGUUCAGGACAAUCUGGGGGAAGAUCUGCCGCCCCCAUGGGAACAGCGGCGUUGUGCGCGCCCGUUUCAGGAAGAAUUUGCCCCCGAAGUCUUUUGGAGGGCGCGUGCGGGUCUUUUUGUACCCUUCCAACAUCUAA